CUCUUUUCUUUCUCUUACUUUUUUUUGGGUUUACAUAGACUAUGGUGACUGCAACACAAGCAGACCUAAAUAAUACGGCCAAUGAGGAUGCUCGAAGUACUUCUUCUACCCUUGUCAAUGGAGAACAUAGAAGUGAUUUAGAAGCAACACAAGCUAAUCAUUCGAGCCAAAUAAGACAUGGUUUUGACCAAGAGUUUUAUGAGGAAGACAUCAUUCGCUUUCUUUAUUUUUCAGAAAAGAGACACGAUACCAAUGCCAAACUAAACAGCCAUGCUCGAAACGCGUUGAAAGACUGGCGACUUCGAGAAAGGAUAAAAACUGUGUCAGGUCUUCUUGUUGUUUGUCUGAAUAUCGGGACAGAUCCACCUGAUGUUGUAAAGACUAAUCCUUGCGCUAAACUCGAGUGUUGGAUUGACCCUUUCUUAUUGGUGCCUCAGAAAUCAUUGGAGGCCAUUGGCAAAAACUUACACAAUCAAUACGAGACAAUCAAUGGACGUACUCGAUUCAAACUCUCUUUAGACCCCUCUGUAGAAGAAACCAAGAAAGUAUGUUGCCAAAUGCGUCGUAAUGCUAAAGAAGAACGUAUCUUGUUUCAUUAUAAUGGCCAUGGUGUACCUAAACCUACUACAAGUGGUGAAAUAUGGGUCUUUAAUCGAAACUAUACACAGUAUAUUCCAGUCUCUUUGUUUGAUUUACAGUCUUGGCUUGGUUCACCAGUGAUUUAUGUCUGGGAUUGUUCUGCUGCGGGUAAUAUCAUUAACGCAUUUAAUAGAUUUGCAGAACAAAGAGAUACAGAAGCAUUACGAUUGCAACAACAACAACAACAACAGCAACAGCAACAACAACAGCAACAACAACAACAACAACAACAACAACAGCAACAGAAUACAGUACAGACAUCAUGGAAAGAUAGUAUACAAUUAGCAGCCUGUGGUCCCACAGAAACAUUGCCCAUGAAUCCUGAUUUACCUGCGGAUGUAUUCACAGCUUGUUUAACAACACCUAUCGAAAUGUCAUUGCGAUGGGUCGUCAUGCGUAAUCCUUUAUUGACAUCCAAUAUCACAAUGGACAUGGUAUUACAAUUACCAGGCCGAUCAACAGAAAGACGUACACCCUUGGGUGAACUGAAUUGGAUCUUUACGGCUGUAACAGACACGAUUGCCUGGUGUGUCUUGCAAGAUCAACCCGAGUUAUUUAAGCGACUCUUUCGACAAGAUUUAACAGUGGCAUCCAUGUUUAGAAACUACUUGUUGGCAGAGCGUAUCAUGCGAUCUUAUCAAUGUACACCCAUGUCGACACCUAUAUUACCAGAGACACACGAUCAUCCCAUGUGGCAAGCUUGGGAUUUGGCUGUGGAUAUGUGUCUGUUCCAAUUGCCUGCCUUAAAAGCAGCUGAAGCAGGUGGAUCUCCUUAUGAGUACAAGGCAAGCACGUUCUUUUCUGAACAAUUGACUGCAUUUGAAGUCUGGUUAUCCGAGGGUGCUGUGAACCCCAAGAUUCCUGAACAAUUACCGAUUGUUUUGCAAGUCUUGUUGAGUCAAGUGCAUCGAUUGCGUGCUUUGAUUCUCUUGAGUCGAUUCUUGGAUUUGGGUCCAUGGGCUGUCAAUGCAGCUUUGUCGGUUGGUAUUUUCCCUUAUGUACUCAAGUUACUCCAGAGUCCUGCUGCUGAACUGAAGCCUGUCUUGGUCUUUAUCUGGGCUCGUAUCUUGGCUGUCGAUCGUUCUUGUCAAAACGAUUUACUUAAAGACCAUGGCUAUGCUUACUUUAUCAAUAUCCUGACACCCAAUAAUGCCAUGCUAAGUAUUCCUCAUGUGUCUGAACACCGUGCCAUGAGUGCCUUUAUCUUGUCUGUCUUUUGCACAAAUUUCAAAAUGGGUCAGCAAGCAUGUCUUAGGGGAAAUGUGAUCAAUGCCUGUUUAGCGCAUGUCAAAGACCCUGACCCAUUACUCCGUCAAUGGAUUUGUCUCUGCCUGGCUCAAGUCUGGUUGAACAACAGUGAGGCGAAAUCAGCCGCGAUUGCCGAAAACGGACAUGAAAAGUUGUGUGCCUUAUUAAAUGACAAUGUGCCUGAAGUCCGUGCGUCUGCCAUGUAUGCGCUCGGUACAUUUUUAGCUGAUCCCAACAAGACAGAACAGAUUGUGAACAUCGAGCAUAACAUUGCUAUUUCUGCCUUGACGGCCAUGUCGGAUGGUUCGCCUAUGGUCCGUAAAGAGUUUGUGGUUGCUUUGUCUCAUAUUGUGGACCAAGCAGGUCCUUCCAAGUUUUUGGCUGCUGCUAGUCAGACGAUUGAAGAAGAUCAGGCGCAGCGUUCUUUGUUUGGUGAAGAUCGAGGUAAAUUGAUGCGUGGAAGACAGUCUGAAUGGCGUGCUGCGUUAGAUGGUCAUUUUGGUUCUUCAAGUUAUGAUUCUGUCUAUGCUGUGAUAUGGAAAGCCUUGUUGAAUCUGUCUGUGGAUCCUCAUCCUGAUGUAGCCAGAUCAGCAGCCACAGUGGUAGACCAUAUCAACUUGCUCUUGUUAAGUACACCUUUGAUUGGUGAAUAUGCUUCGAAUCUAGCAAGAGAAUCUGCCCAGCAUACAGCGCAAGACCCUACUGCGUUUGGCAUGGAUCGUUCUCCAUCGUUUUAUGAAGACAGUCGUACGGCUUUACCUAACAAUCCUCAUGUGGCCAACAUGAGGCGCCCUGCUAAACUGACGCGUUCUGUUUCGUUUGCUUCUACUUUGCGUACCAUUUAUAAUUUUGGUAAUCCCAGCCAUGAAUCUCAAGCCUCGCCGCCUCCACCCCCACCAGCACAACCAGAUGCCAAUCAUCAGAUGAACGUGGCCAUGACCAAACAGAAACAGACUCAAUCUACCGUGGAUGAGCAUAAUUUACCUCUUUCAUCUUGCUUUUAUGAUUGGAGUUGCGAGUAUUUUACAGAACCCCAAAUGAGAGCUGCUGAGGCAGAUGAACCAGGAAGUGUUGUAUAUACCCAACGCAAAUGGCGUCGAAGUCGAAACGAAAAAAUCUUGCAAGAAUCCAAUGCAACCAAGGGCAUGGCAGGGACCAGUCGUUGGGAUGAGCAAGUCAAUACAAUGUACAAUGAUACAGAAGCCACCUUAUUGCUCAUGCAUCAGUUUGAACCUCAUUUAGUAGCUGCUGAUGCCUACAAUUGUCUAGUUGUGUGGGAUUGGAAGACAGGCACACCUCUGAGUGUGAUUGAUAACCAUAAUCCUGCUCAUAGUCGUAUUUCAGAUCUCAAGUUUAUUAAUGAAGAAGAUGAAGCAUUACUUUUGACUGGCUCAGAUGAUGGUGUUGUCAGGAUUUACAAAAACUAUGAUGGUAGUGAUCAAGAACAAGCUGUGUUGGUCAGUUCAUGGAGAGCACUGAAAGAUAUGGAAAAAAGUAGUUCAAGACAAAGUGGCCUUGUGACAGAUUGGCAUCAAGCAAGGGGUUUGCUGUUUACAGGAGGUGAUGCACGUAUUAUCAAAGUGUGGGAUGUUCAUCAAGAGAUGCCCAUCAUGGAUAUUCCUACACAAUCAUUGGCUUGUGUGACGAGCAUUACAAGUGAUCAAGUCAAUGGAAAUAUGAUCAUUGCAGGUUUUGGUGAUGGGUCCAUUGGUGUGUAUGAUCGCCGUAUAAGCCCUGAUGAAGCUCGAGUCAAAAAAUGGGAAGAACAUAAGGCUUGGGUGACAGGCAUUCAUUUACAAAGAGAAGGCAAUCGUGAACUUGUUUCUGGUGGAUUUGAAGGUGAUAUCAAGAUUUGGGAUAUUCGAGAAACACAGUCUUUAAGAACGAUUGAGGCACACAAACACAAUGAAAUGACAGCCUUGACUGUUCAUGAUCAUAGUAGUGCUAUUGCCAGUGCUGGUGAUGAUCAGGUCAUCAAGGUAUGGAAUAUGGAAGGUAAUAGAUUAUCUACCAUUCGCCCUACUUCUGGCUUUCUUGGUCAAAAGACAUCCUCUACGCGUGCUUUGGUAUUCCAUCCUAACCUUAUGGUUAUGGCUGCAAGUGGAAAUGAUGGUUACAUUACUCUUUAUGCAGCACAUUAAAGUAAUAUUACAGCUUACAUAAUCUUUCUUUCUUUCUUUCUUUGUCGCAAUACAUGAAAGAGUUCUCUAUACACUUUAUUAAAAGAAUUUUAAAAAAUGAAA